UUGGAGUUCGUUUCAUCUCGUGCAUAUUGUAUAUAUUUUAUUGAGAGCUCCAAUUUUCGAGUUCACCUUGAGCCCCAUACUAGCUAACUCAAUAUCUGCCCUGCUUGCUCUAAAGUUAAUCAUCCAUAUUUAUGCCUGCAAAUAAUUCCCUUAGUCUAAGAUUGAUCAUCUAUACUGCCAUACAUCAGCAUAGAAUAAAAUUAGUUUAACGAUCCAUUUAAGUUGGACUUGACAUUCUGUCAAUUUCUGAAGAUGAGAUUGUUUAAGAUUGAUUUCAAAUCAAAUUUGAAACAUUUUUUUUCACAAUGUAUAUAAGUGAACUAUUCAAUUAACAAAUUACGUCUUUUUUGAAACAGUGCCAAUCACCCUCUAUUAAUUAACUCAUUCCAUAACGUCAUAAAACUUUUAAGUUAACUAUUUCUUUCAUUUUGCAUGUCAUAUACUCCGUAUUUUGUAUUCCCGUUUUCUAUAUUUGUUCAUAGGAAGAGCGGAAUUGGAGUGGGGCCGGGCUUAACAGUGGAAGAACUGGGGCCGGCAAAGCCCUCGGCCCUACAUAUUUUUAUCUAAUAUGAGGAAUAAGUUUAAUUUUUUCAUAUGAUAAACAGUUUAUCUUUUUAAUGAAAAAUCGUCUCCUUGGAUCCGGUCUCCCUGGUAUCUGUUUAUCUUUUUUAAUGGAAAUUCGAAUCCUUGUCCGGUUUCCCUUGGAUCGAAAUCCUAGCUUUGUUCAUUUGAAUGUACAACUGGAUGCUCAUGAGGCACUCGAGACCCAACCAUUGGCUCAACGCCACGUCAGCAACACUAUCCCCUUCCAAAACCAACCUAUAAAAUCCCCAUUUCAUGUCCUCUCCAACUCCACCACCCACCCUCUCUCUCUCUCUCUCUCUCUCCAAAAUCGUAAACCAUGCCCCAGGCAAUCCUAUACAGAACAUGGCCUCCUCCCUCCUCCACCACCGCCACCUCUUGGUCCUCCGCCGCCACACCAACUACCAACGCGUUCGGCCGGUCAGCCAAAUACACCGGGACAAGUGUGGGAAAAUUGGUGGCAGAGAAUGCGGUGGUGGUGAUGGGGCGCCGCGGGUGCUGCAUGUGCCACGUGGUGAAACGGCUGCUGUUGGGGCUCGGAGUCAAUCCUCCGGUCGUGGAUGUCGACGAACGCGAAGAGGCGGCGGUGAUCCACGAGCUCUCGGGAAUCGUGGGCUGCGGAGGGCUGCAGUUUCCGGCGGUUUUCAUGCGCGGGAAGUUGUUUGGUGGGCUAGAAAGGGUUAUGGCCUCUCAUAUUUCCGGUGAAUUGGUUCCCAUAUUGAAAGAAGCUGGAGCCCUUUGGCUUUGAAUAUGGGAAUAAUUAUCUGAUCAUGGGGGGCUUCCUAACAAUUUAUAUGUUGCUGGGUUCCUCCUAUUCACAAAGUAUUCAGUUCGUCAAGUUUUUGCCUUCAGACAUUCUUUGUGCACUCAUUUUCGUAACAUAGAUUUUUCGUAUCAUUGUAUGGAUCAUUGCGCGCUAUUAGCAUUUUUUUAUAAAAUAAUUGGAGGUU